AUGACCGCGCUAUAUGCCCCUUCGGGUGCUACUCAGCUGUAUUCCCAUCUGCUAAGGAGGUCGUCACACAACAGACUAGUGGUCUCUCACCAAACACGUCGUCACCUCAUGGGUUUUGUUAGAAACGCCCUUGGCUUGGAUCCUCCCCCUUCUCCAGACGAUCCCACUCCGGAGAACCGAUUCCAUCCAUGGGACCAAUCACCCUCAGUGGACUUGCGUGAAAGGGCCGCCAAAAUUAGAACGCUAGCACACUGCCCUGUUACGGGUAAAGAUAUUAACUACACUUGUCCUCUCUCUGGAAUUCCAACCCACCACUCUCGAGAGGCUUGGGAGAUGGAUAAAGCGUAUCACAAUUCUAAAAAGUAUGAAAUUCUGAAAAAAGUUAAUAUUUACGAACACGACUUAAGAAGCGGUAGACCCUUCCCUGAGUUUGAUUUCCCUCAAGAUCAGGGCUAUGACAAGGCCGUUAACUUAACAAACUGGGAUUUGUUCUUUUACACAAGGUCCUUCUAUUCCAUGGACACAGAGUUCCAAUUGGCUGCAGUCACAAAGAUGCUGAGCUAUCCCAUUACUAUUGGGUCCGUGCUGCACAAAUUCUCCCCAUAUUCGUUGAACCCAAAGGGGCCUAUCACUUUAGAAGGUUUGAAAUCUCUCGCCGCUCUCAGGUAUACUUUAUAUCCGCUGGAAAAUAGAUCUCUGCCAACUACUACUAAGAACCGUGCGAUGAGAAUCUUCAUUCUAGGUGCACGUGCUGAAGCUCAAUUGCCGGGCCACGUUUGGAAGCAACUGCAGUUUCUUUUCCCAGAACAGAGUUUUGAAAUACAUUUUAUUGGACCCGAGUGUCUAUAUAAGAGGGAUAAACAGGAGUAUGUCAAGUCUACUACGCCGGUAGUACAAAGAGUAGACGAGACUCUAAAAUUCAUUUAUCGUACAGACUUUUUCGAAGUGUUCCAUGAGGCUCAAGACUUCUUCCCAUAUGAUCCAUACAUGGAUGUCUUUUUCACUUUCCAUCCAGGCUACGCAUCUCCAGAAUCUCACGGUUCAUGGAUGGGUGAAACGAUGAAGGCACUACUAGAGACCAAGUGCGCUAUCUUCACAACAGGUUUCAACAAAAAAGAUCUAAUGGAUGAUAUAAAUCUUGUCAAAUCCAAGUACGGUAAGGAAAUGGAUAUCUUGAUGGACCCCGUCAAGAACGUAUUUGGAAGUACCAAGUGGGAACUAAAUGACUUGAAUCCUCAAGAGGUUUAUCAAUUCAACAUGUAUAUUGCCGGGUUCAGAGGAAAAAGGUACCAUACGAUCAAGAGACAAUGA